CCAUUUAGCUACGUACACAUACAUCCACUCAUAAAAAAUUUUUACAUACAUAAUUUAGCUUUUAAUUCCUAAAAAAAAAGAAGAAUGUAUAAACUGCGAAACAUAUAAUUGUCAUUAUUCACAAUUUAUAUUAUACUUUGACUUUAAGAUUUGUAUUAAUGUACAUUGAAAUAUAAUCAUUUACUAUAAUAGGAAAAAAAUAUUACACAAUAUAAAUUGAACGAAAUUAUUAUAAAUUAUUAUUAUAAAUUUAACUUUCCGGGUGUUUCCAAAGAUUGAGACAUACGCCAGUGUACGCCACCUAGGUCGAGACUUUAGUUCCUGACUGUUUCAACAAUACAUUACUCUGAUGUAUAUGAACAAAUAUUAGCCUAACCGUAUUUGGUUUUAAAGCAGGUGUCAUAUGACAGUUCUUGAUGCGUCUUUUGUUUAUACAAUUCACUUAAUUGAUGCAGUGUCAAAGAUUAGUGUACUAUAAUGUACUAUAAUACUUACUAUUUAUUAUUACAUCUGUUGCAUUAAGUGGAAUGGAGCGAAGUAUUCAUGAAAUGUUGAAAGAUGCUCCAUCUUUAAAUGAUAGCGACAGUGCAGUUCAUAGUGGAACUCCUCCACCUCAUGUACCAAAUAAUUGUAAUAAUGAAAAUCAACCCAGACCAGCUACAAUAAACUUAACAUUGGGCAGUCCUAUAUCUCAAAUGUCUGUAACAGUAUCUCCAAAUACACCUAUUCAGAAUGGUGAUACACAGACAAUGCGUACUGCUCAGAGUAAAAUUGAAAGCAUUAAAAAUUGGAGUAUUUCUACAUAUAAGUGUACAAGACAAUUAAUGUAUGAAAAACUUGGGAAAACAUCCCGUACAGUAGAUUCAGAACUUGAAACACAAAUUGAAUUAUUAAGAGAUACUCAAAGAAAGUACUGCAAUGUGUUACGAUUAUCUAGAGCAUUAGCUUCUCAUUUUCAUCAUGUUGUUCAAACGCAACAUGCUUUAGGGGAAGCAUUUUCUGAGUUAGCACAAAAAUCUCCAGAGUUACAAGAAGAGUUUCUAUAUAAUUCAGAAACUCAAAGGAAUUUGACUAAAAAUGGUGAAACAUUAUUAGGGGCCUUAAACUUUUUUGUUUCUUCAGUAAAUACACUUUGUAAUAAAACUAUCGAAGACACAUUAUUUACAGUACGACAAUAUGAAACAGCAAGAAUAGAAUACGAUGCAUAUAGAACAGAUCUUGAAGCAUUAGCACAAGUAACAAAAAAUGAUAGCAGCAAUGCAGCCAGAUUGGAAGCAGCGCAGGCAAAUUAUGAAGAGCAUAAGCAAAAUUUUGAAAAACUAAGAUCAGAUGUUUCAAUUAAACUUAAAUUUUUAGAUGAAAAUAGAAUCAAGGUAAUGCAUAAACAAUUAUUAUUAUUCCACAAUGCAGUAUCUGCUUAUUUUUCUGGAAAUCAAACUGCUCUGGAAGCCACACUAAAGCAAUUUAACAUAAAAGUUAAAUCACCAAAUUCAUCUUUACCAUCGUGGCUUGAACAGUAGUUACAUUAGAAGAAAUGAAUUCAAGUUAUGGAAAACAUGAAUAAAAAAAUGCAUUCGUCCAUACGAAUUUCUUCUUGAAAGACAAAGGAAAUGACAAGGUAGAACAACUUUCAAACGCUCUUGAAAACGUACUAAAGGACACUGCUGUCAAAUAGUUUGUCAGUUUCAAUAAGUUUUUGAAGAAGAAUAGAUUGUCAUCUAAAAACAGACUGAAUAAUUUCUGAAUUAUGCUUUAAAUAUUGGCCAAUAUCCGUGAUACAUGUCAUAUGUAUCAGUGAAUUUCAAUUAUAUAAUUAAUAAUUAUAUGCAACAGUUAAUAAUAAUGAAUAACUUCUGAUAAAAGA